GACUGCAUAAGGUAUCUUGCAAUAACGUGGUACAGCUUUCUAAGCAGAUCCUACUGACUUCCUCUGAAAAGAAGCGUGUGCUUUGGAGAUGUCACGGCAUCACAGCCGGUAUGAGAGAGAUUAUCGCAGUGGGUGGGACUGGCGGGAACGAAGCAGCAGCUGUAGCAAUGUAAAUAAUAGCAAGUGCAGCAGCGGCAUUAACAACAGCAGCAGCAGACCUGGGCUUCUGCCAUUGCCAAUUGUUCCAACUCGUCUAUUGACUCCUGUCACGCCUGUCUGCACUACAGCAAGCAAUGAGAUGAUGACAACCUUAAUGGCCAGCCCUGUUCCUUCCACAACAACAACUGCUAAGACUUCGGGCAUUUCUAAGAUUGAAAGCCAGACACAAGGACAAAUGCUGAGCAAAAGUGUGAGGUGGGGACAAACACCAAUCAACCAGUCAACUCCCUGGGACACAGAGGAACCUCCAUCGAAGCACAUGAGGGAAAUAGAACAGACUGGUACACCCUCAUGGGUGCCUCCAGUUGCAGCGAUCAGCCAGCCAGCUCUGAUCCCUCCCACCUUCGGGAUGCCACAGCCACCAGCCUUCAGCCAGGCAGUCAAUGUGCAGGCUCCAGUGAUCGGAGUUACACCCACAAUGCCACCUCCAGUUCCCCCUCAGCUCCCACUUAUGACAGCACAUUAUCAAGUACAGCAGCCUCCACAGCCUUUAACCAAUAUGGUUGUGAAUCUGCAGAGUCAGCCUUUGUACACAACUAGUCAGCCAGUUACCAUGUCGCCUCUGACUCCGGUGUGUCAGGUGACUCAACCUGCCCAUAGCGCAAUGGGGAAUGGUCACUUGACUUGCCCUAUUCUGCAUCCAUCUGCUCUACCUUCGGCAACUCUUCCUGGUAAUGCUCAAGUAGUCAAUGGGCAAGGGGCUUCCCAUACUCCUUUAAAUCCGCCUCUCCUUCAGGAGAACACAAAUGGUGUGCAGAUGUUACGGACUAUUGGGAUGGGAAAGUACGAAUUUACAGACCCUUGGCAUCCAAAAGAAAUGUUGAAGGAGUUGAACCAGCAGCGCAGAGCGAAAGAGUUUACAGACCUGAAAAUAACUGUUGAAGGCAAAGAGUUUGAAGUCCAUCAAAAUGUUCUAGCUUCCUGCAGCUUGUAUUUCAAGGAACUGAUCAAAAGGGCUGCAAAGGAGAUCCGCAAUGGAGAGAAGUUGGAGUUGACAAUGUCAAACAUAAAUGCAGAUGUACUGGAAAUGCUGCUGGAGUUUAUUUAUACUGGCUCGCUCAUCAUCAGUUCUGGAAAUGCAAAAACGCUACUGGAGGCUGCCAGUAAAUUCCAGUUCCGAACCUUCUGCAAAGUUUGUGUCUCUUUCCUAGAGAAACAGUUAACUGCCAUUAACUGUUUAGGAAUCCUAGCAAUGGCAGAAGCUAUGCAUUGUAAUGAACUACACAACAUGGCAAAAGCGUAUGCCCUGCAAAACUUCCCAGAAGUAGCAUCACAGCUAGAGAUUCUGAACGUCUCGAAGGAUGAUCUUGUUGCCUAUCUCUCCAAUGACAGCCUGAACACAAAGGCUGAGGAGCUGGUGUACGAGGCUGUAAUUAAGUGGACCAAGAAAAAUCCAGAAAAGAGAACGCAGGACUUGCCAGAGCUGCUAGCUGUGGUUCGCUUGCCCUUUAUCCACCCAAGUUACCUGUUAAACGUGGUUGACAAUGAGGAACUGAUAAAGUCUUCGGAGGCAUGCCGCGAUCUGGUGAAUGAAGCAAAACGCUAUCACAUGCUGCCACACGCUCGACAGGAAAUGCAAACACCACGGACACGGCCGAGGCUCUCAGCAGGUGUGGCUGAAGUAAUUGUCCUGGUUGGUGGACGUCAGAUGAUUGGAAUGAGCCAGCGAGAUCUCACAGCUGUCAGCUGCUUUAACCCACAGAACAGUAAAUGGUACCCGUUAGCUAGCCUGCCAUUCUACGACCGGGAAUUUUUCAGUGUCGUGAGUGCUGGAGACAACAUCUAUCUGUCAGGUGGCAUGGAAACUGGUGUGCCAUUGGCUGAUGUGUGGUGUUACAUGUCUCUUCUGGAUAAUUGGAACUUAGUUUCACGAAUGACUGUCCCACGUUGUCGACACAAUAGCCUGGUGUAUGAUGGAAAAAUUUACACCAUUGGGGGCAUUGGUGUAUCUGGCAACCUCGAUCACGUUGAGAGGUACGACACAAUUACCAAUCAAUGGGAGACGGUGGCACCUCUUCCUAAGGCUGUGCAUUCUGCAGCAGCAACUGUAUGUGGUGGCAAAAUCUAUGUGUUUGGUGGAAUGAAUGAGGCCGGCCGGGCAGCUGGAGUUCUACAGUCAUACGUCCUUCAAACAAACACUUGGACAUUCAUUGAAUCUCCUAUGAUAGAUAACAAGUACGCUCCUGCAAUCACUCUCAAUGGUUUCGUAUUCAUUCUUGGAGGGGCCUUUGCCAGAGCUACUACAAUCUAUGAUCCUGAUAAAGGCAACAUCAAGGCAGGGCCAAACAUGAACCACUCCAGGCAAUUCUGCAGUGCCGUGGUCCUGGACGGUAAAAUCUAUGCUACAGGAGGAAUUGUCAGUAGCGAAGGACCUGCUUUGGGAAACAUGGAAACAUAUGAUCCUCGCACUAAUAACUGGACACUCUUACCAAACAUGCCCUGCCCUGUAUUCAGGCACGGCUGUGUAGUCAUCAAAAAGUAUAUUCAGAGUGGGUGACAAUAUAGUGGUGCGGAACUGUUUUAUUCUGCGGUAGCAGUGCUUUAAAACUAUGAACAUGUCGCUUUUUACUGUCUACAUUGGAUGUAGAUUUCAUACUCACCCUUAGGUGAAAUUAGGGUAGAAAUCCCAAAGGAUGUAUUAUAAUAUAACUUACAGUACUUUUAGUAGUGUCACUAGCGAUGUAGUGGCACUUGUUUUACCUGUAGGUAUUGAGCAAUUCAGGUGUCAAUACCUGCUUUAUAACAGUCAUCAGUUUUGCUUUCAAACAGUUACCUUUAUAUUGUUACAAUGCUAUUUAGAAGGUGGAUCAAUACUUAGAAUGCGACAAUUACAGUGCCAGAAUGUAGCAGUAUGCAGACUAUCUGCUAAAAGCAAGACCGUGUCACAGGAAUCAGGCAAUCCCAGAGAAGUGCUGUGAAGACCUCAUGCAAUGCAGUUGUACAUACGGACAAGACAAACCAGAGUCUUGGAUAAUUCCAUCAACUGUACACACGUCAAAAAUUGGCAGCAGCAAGAACUGCCUUAAAAUUCUUACCAUUAGUACCAAAGCCCUAUGAGAAGCCAACACCAGAAAUACAAAAAACAAUCCUGUCUGGAGGUAUUUAUACCCAGUAACAAUAUGGAUGACUAAGCUAAUGGCUAGGCUAGAGGGACCAAUGAGUUUUCUCAGGCCUGAAAUUGAGCUACAAGAUCUUCCAAAAAAAUUGGGGAGAAGAAGGGACAUAGAUUUGGGACAAAAGAGCGAUUUUUCAAUAAUUUUUAGAUCCACUUUGUUUUAGUUUCAGAGUGCCAACGGCUCCCUUUGGUGGUGCUAUUAAGCAAUACGUAAAGCCGAAUUUAUUGCUGUUUUAACACAGAGCAGUGAGAUUAAUCCCUCAAGUGCGUAGAGAUUUAGCUGUAAUGUCUUACAUCGUCAUCUGUAUUUUUCCAUGUUUACAUAAUAGGUGACAUACAAGAUACUUGCUGCACUACAAUAAUCAUAGACCUAGGUACUUUUUUUCCUGUAAUCCCUUUUAAUGGCAGCGAGCUAUAAAAAAUACUAUAUAGCUUAUAUUGGCAUGUUCUGUUCCAUCACUGAAGUAUUUGUCCAUUCUAUGGUGGUUUUAUGAAAAUGCUGAACAAAUGAAAAUGUUCCACCUUAUUGCUAACAAAAACAACAAAUCUGUCUUGUCAAAAUAAUUUGCUGUACAAUCUUACACUUAAAUGUCACCAUAUGAAGAGCUUGCUUUUUACAUACGGUAUACACUGGGGGAAAGCUGACAUUUUACUCACACCUGGUACUGUAUGACUGUGUCAAGACUUAUAAGAUUGUUGUAUUCUGUAUUCCUCCUUUCCCUCUAGAGAAGAGAUACGUGAGCACAAUAAGCUGUUAGCUGUGUUAAUUUGUUGCUAUCUCAGAUAGGCACAACAGCAGUAUCAGUGUGUACAUCUCCUGCACAAACAACGUACAUUUGUUUCUUGGUCAGAUCUCAGUUGAAUGCAGAUAACAGUUUCGACUUUACCGUAUGUACUGUAUAAAUGAUUUAUGCAGCUACAAAAGGGACAGUGUUCUAAGUUUCACCUUCCAAGUACCGAAUAUGCCAACUUAGUGCAAAAAAAAACAACUUUUCAUCAUAUAUAAGCAGUUUUUUUUUGUAAUCUUCCACCCAUGAACAUGUAAGGUAGAACUGCAUAAAUAUAUGGACCAAAAAUACUACUGUACAGUAUUUUCUGAAAUUCAAUAUUGUAAUCUUAUUUAAUAAAUUAUUAGGUAAUUUUCAACCAUAUGUUGCCGUGGGCCCAUGUCUAAAGAGAUGAAUUGAAAUGUAAGUGAAUUACCUAAUGCACACAUUUAGUUACUUUUUGAAAAAGUGCAUCAGCAUCAAUCAACAAACUAUUAACUAAACACACUAACUAGCACUAAUAAGAUAAAAUGUAUAGCCGUUUCUAGUUGCAGAGUAAUAACCUCUCACAAAUUCCUUCAUUUUAAGGAGUGUUGCGUUCUAUAUUACAAUUCUAAUAGAUAAGCGGUUUAUGUUCCUUUGGAAUAACCGUUGUGCAGCAAUAGUGAAGACUUCUUAGCAUGACUCCUUUAGUCUUGGAUUACUGUAUCCAACCCCAACCAUAGCCCAUUGACAAUAUAACUAGCUUCUUUUUCUAAUCUGUACAUUUUAUCCAAAAAUACUAGAUCUUUAUCGUUGCAAUCUCCUUUAAACUGGUCCUGGACCUGACUUUCUGCUCUCUCCCAGCUGUCACACCCACUCAAAGCGGCCUGAUUUUUGUUCUACUCUUGACAGCGUCAGGGGGUGGCGGGGGUAUUUGCUUUCCACUCUGAAUUCAGUUGUCUGGCUUGCUGCUGGAGGUUUAUUCCCAUUACUGAGUCAUCGUGAUCAAAGAGGAUAUAUCACCAGAAACUGCUUGGUUUGCCAUAAUACACCACAUAAGUUUUAGUAUUAGUUUAUUUUCAUUAUAGAAAAUGGUUAUUUCUCUAACCAUAGCUCAAAAUAGCAGUGCUAUUAUGAAUUGAAGUAAAUGGUAGUAGCCACUCCCUAUGACUGAUUUAAGAGUGUUUUAACUUCUGUUCUGUUCAAACAUAAUAAUAGUAAUAAUAAUCAUUACAUUUGAUAUAGCGACUUAUCACAUCGUUGAGACAUCUCAAAGCGCUUCACAGAAUAUACUGUAAAGUGAAUUAAUUGUAUAUUUUGUGGGGGAAACAUGAAGAAAUCAUAUAAAAAUCACUGUGCUGAACAGGUCUGUUUUUUUGAUCUGACAAGAUGUAGACAGUCUAUACCAUGUACUAAAUAGAGCUUAAAACAUUUCAGAUAAACGUCUCUAAAGUCUUGAUAACACAGAUUUGAGUUUUCUUUAGUGUUCGCAAAAGACCAGGUCACAUUUCUGACACAAUCAAAUAUAUUGCUUCUCUCUGUACAAAUAGUCCAAGGAGAUACCUCAUCGAAUAAUUGUGCUGAAAGGAGCUUGUUUGAAUUUUUAAGUUUCCACUAUAAUUAAAUCCAGUAAAAAGUCUCAAUUUUAGUUCAUGAUUUCACAAUGUUCUCCACGUUUAGUUCUCCACUGAACAGAAAGAACAAAAUUAAAGAGUGCAGAUUAGAUAAAGAAGGUACUCAAAACUAUGCCAUAAAUAUUUCACUUGCUCAGAAAAACACAAGGAUGUAGAGUGAACUUGGGAAGAGAAAUGGAAGUACAUUUUAAAAUGUUCUGUUUUCUCAAACAGUAAUUAGAACA